AUGCAGUUACCCACCCAGUUGUACACUGCAUGGCUCUACACAACAGUUACAAUCAUAUUGGUGCUCCAAUGCAUUUACUACAAGCAUUUCCUUCCGUGCUUGAGAAAGCGACGUAAAAUUGAAGCAAAAGCAGAUAAAGAUGAGACUGAUGCUCCAAAAUCCAAGUUCGAAGACGGAAGCAAAACAGCAUCAAAUGUUCCAAUUGAGGUACCACAUAGGAGGGACUUCUACUACGUGUCAGCAAGAUCUUUGGCUGGCAGUGAUAGUUCACCAAUGAAUAAGUGUUAUAUAAAGGCGAGGAGCGGUCCUCCUGCUCUGGAACAUGAUUCAGACUCUUCAACUGAAGAAGAUGAAUCAUUUCUUCCUUCCUUCAACAAGCAUGUUAUUGUUAGUCAGCCUCAACAUAUUCCUCGUCUUGUGGGAUAUGGAGCAUUUGCAGCUGCUUCUGCAAAUCUUCCCUUCUUAGCAAGAGCUUUAACAGAUACCGGUGGCUCAAUUUUCACAGGAAGGAGAUUUAUGAAGGAACCAGCAUUGCAAGAAAAUGCAUACGGACAAUGGUUGGGAUGGUUGAUGACUGCAAUAUAUAUGGGUGGACGAAUCCCACAAAUUUUGUUGAGUAUCAAAAGGGGGAGUGUGGAGGGAUUGAACCCUCUAAUGUUCGUUUUUGCGCUCAUUGCCAAUGCAACAUACGUUGGAAGCAUUUUAGAGAGAACCACAGAAUGGAAGAAGAUAAAAGCCAACAUGCCUUGGCUACUUGAUGCUAUUGGCUGUGUGCUGCUCGAUCUCUUUAUAAUCCUUCAGUACAUCUUUUACAAAUAUAUGAAGAAAAAGAAAAGCCAGCACUGUGAAGAAGAAUAUUACGGCGACUAUGUUGAAGCAACUAAACCCUCUUCGUACUGA